AUGACCGUGGUUCAAACGUCUCGGCCGGCUACUUUUGCAGCAGAUAUUCCAGAAGAAAUGCCUCCAACAGCAUAUAUCGGUAUCGUCAAGAAAGGAGCCCUUUCUCCUGCCAACAUCCCUCCUGCUUCUCCUCCUCCACCUCCUCCUCCUCCUGCUCAGGAUGCUCCGAACUCACCGGCACGACCGGAAGCUGGUUCUCCUGCUCCUCCUGCCAGCCCGUAUCCACCUGCACCUACGCAGCCU